CUGCAGUUGAAUUCAGUAUGGCGUCAGAAAAGACCACAAAAAAAGAUCUGCUGAAGGCUGAGGAACAGCAAGCGAGCGCUGUCAACCGGGUAAGCAGCUUGCCUUUGCUCAACUCCGCAUUCAACCUGGUCUCAUCUGCCUACAACCACACCAAGGAGACGCAUCCUUUCCUCAGCGGUGUCUGCAACGUGGCCGAGACCAUGGCUGCCGUUGCAGUAGGUAGCGUGGUUGGUGGAGCACAGCCCAUCCUGAACCAACUUGAGCCACAAAUUGCGCUUGUAAAUGAAUAUGCCUGUAAAGGACUGGAUCAACUGGAGGAGAACUUGCCUUUCCUUCAGCAGCCGGCGGAUAAGGUCAUUUCAGACACCAAGCAGCUGGUUUCCACCAAGGUGAUAUCUGCUAUGGAUGCUGCCUGUGAGGCAAAAGAAGCCAUGGCUGAUAAAGUGACUGAAGCUGUGGACCUCACUAAAAAUGUCGUUGGGGACAGUGUCAAGCUGACCAGGUCAAUGGUCACCUCCACUGUUAACAGUGCUGUGGAGGCUGCUCAUGGUGCCAAGGACCUUGUGACCAACAAGGUGACAGAGGCAGUGGACCUCACUAAGCACAUGGUGGAGGACAGCGUUGGACUGACCAGGUCUGCAGUGGCUUCUACUAUAGUCAAUGCUGUGGAGGCUGCCCAGGGUGCCAAGGACCUUGUGACCAACAAGGUGACAGAGACAGUAGACCUCGGUAAACACAUUGUGGAAGACAGCAUUGGACUGACCAGGUCUGCAGUGGCUUCUACUAUAGUCAAUGCUGUGGAGGCUGCCCAGGGUGCCAAGGACCUUGUGACCAACAAGGUGACAGAGGCUGUGGACGUCAGUAAACAUAUCGUGGAGGACAGCGUCGGACUGACCAAGUCUGCAAUGGCUUCUACUAUUGUCAACGCUGUGGAAGCCGCCCAGGGUGCCAAGGACCUUGUGACCAACAAGGUGACCGAAGCAGUGGACCUCACUAAACACAUUGUGGAGGACAGCGUUGGACUGACCAGGUCUGCAGUGGCUUCUACAAUUACUGCUGCUGUUGGGGCUGCCCAAGGUGCAAAGGAUCUCGUCACCAUCAGAGUGACUGAAGCAAUGGACCUCACCAAAGGGGCUGUUCAAGACAGUGUUGAGAAGACCAAAUCAAUGGUCACUUCUACAGUCACUACAGCUCUGGACGCUGCGGUGAGCCAAGCCGUGGCAGGUGGCAUGGAAUCUGUCCUGGGUGUGUCAGAAGAUCUGGUGGAUCACUACCUCCCAAUGACAGAGGAGGAACUAGGUAAACUGGCCACCAGUGUCGAGGGAUUUGGUAUGGCUUCUGUGGAGGAGCAGAAACGGCAACAGACUUACUUUGUGCGUCUGGGUUCCCUCUCUAACAAAGUCCGCCACCGAGCCUACCAGCACUCCCUGAACAAACUCCAGCGCAUUAAACAAAGCACCCAGGAUACUCUCUCACGACUACAGCUGGCAAUAAAACUGAUUGAAUCUGUGAAACAGGAAGUUGGCCAGAAGCUGCUGGAUGGGCAGGAGAAGCUCCAUCAGCUGUGGGUGGACUGGUGCCUGACCCAACCCAAAGGAAACCAAGUUAAAACUGCCGCCCAACCAGAGGUAGAGUCACGGACUCUAGCUAUGCUGCAUAUCCUCACCCGGCAGCUACGACCUGUUUAUGAGAAUCUGAAAGCCAGCAUCCAAGGCCUCCCCAGCAACAUCCAAGAAGCUGUGUAUCAGGCCACUCAAAAUAUCCACAAGCUCCAUAAUUCUUUUUCCAGUGCUAUGUCUUUCCAGGACCUCUCCAGCACCACCCUGACCCAGAGCCAGGACUGGGUGGCAGAGGCGCGAAGGUCCCUGGAUGACCUGUUUGCGUAUGUAACUCAGAACACGCCUCUGAACUGGCUUGUGGGUCCCUUCAGGGCAACAGCUAAAGGGUCCCAGGAUGGCAGGAAGCAUAAGAAGAAAGAUACAGUGACUGAUAUAAAAUCACCCGUGUUGGAAAAGGGUACAUCAUCAAAGGAGGUGGCUAAGGCACCCCAAGAACCAAAGGGAGCAAACGGGAUCCCAGGGGAAGGGUGUGAAGUGCCGGAGAAGCUGGAAGAGAAGGUGGAGAAAGACACAGAGGUGACAAUGGCUGCAAAGGAGAUAAUAACUAAUGCACCAGAUGAAGAGCCCUGA